UCUUAAUUUUUUUUUAUUUUUUUUUUUUUAAAAGAGGAGAAAUUGGAAAGAAUGGGUGGUGUCCAAAGUUUCAGGGAGUUUUGUGACCGUACCAAAAACCCCAAUGUCCGUAUGAGUCUCCCGGCAGUUUGCUUUGUGUGGCAAACAGCUAUGAUCAUCUUGUUUGGAGUGUUUAUCCGAUACAACGAGGAAUCAGACACUCACUGGGUAGAGUACAGGAAAGAGAAAAACAUAUCCGACAUUGAGAAUGACUUCUACUUCAGAUAUCCAAGUUUCCAAGAUGUCCACGUGAUGAUCUUCGUUGGGUUCGGCUUCCUGAUGACCUUCCUGAAGAGGUACAGCUUUGGAGCUGUGGGCUUCAACUUCCUCAUCGCUGCUUUCGGCCUGCAGUGGGCGCUGCUGAUGCAGGGCUGGUUCCACUCCCUGGACUACACUGACGGCAAGAUCAAGAUAGGAGUGGAGAGCCUGAUCAAUGCAGAUUUCUGUGUAGCUGGCUGCUUGAUUGCCUACGGGGCAGUUCUGGGUAAAGUCAGUCCUGUCCAGCUGAUGGUUCUGACUUUAUUUGGGAUCACACUGUUUGCUGUGGAGGAAUACAUCAUCCUGGACCUCAUACAUGCCAGAGAUGCGGGAGGCUCUAUGGUGAUCCACACAUUUGGAGGUUAUUAUGGUCUUUCCAUCUCAUGGAUGCUCUAUCGGCCAUGUCUGGACCAGAGCAGCCGUCUGCAGGGCUCUGUUUACCACUCAGAUCUCUUUGCGAUGAUUGGGACCCUCUUCCUGUGGAUGUUCUGGCCCAGCUUCAACUCAGCCAUCACGGACCAUGGGGACGGACAACACCGAGCAGCCAUCAACACAUACCUGGCCUUGGCGGCCACCGUGCUCACAACAGUGGCCAUUUCAAGCCUCUUCCAGAAACACGGAAAACUAGACAUGGUUCACAUCCAGAACUCCACCCUGGCUGGAGGCGUCGCAGUGGGAACGGCUGCAGAGUUCAUGCUGAUGCCCUACGGCUCUCUGAUUGUUGGGUUCUGCUGCGGUAUUGUCUCCACGCUCGGAUACAUCUACCUCACACCGUUCAUGGAGAAAUACAUGAAGAUUCAGGACACAUGUGGAAUCCACAACCUCCACGCCAUGCCGGGAGUUAUCGGUGGGAUUGUGGGGGCCAUUACUGCCGCAGCUGCCUCAGAAUCCGUUUAUGGCACCGAAGGGUUGAUUAACACCUUCGACUUUGAGGGCGCUUACAAAAACAUGGUACCCACAAAGCAAGGCGGCCACCAGGCGGCCGGCCUCUGUGUGGCCAUCUGCUUCGGCGUCGGUGGAGGAAUCCUCGUUGGUUUUAUUUUAAGAUUACCGAUCUGGGGAGACGUCGCUGACGACAAUUGCUUUGAUGACGAGCCCUACUGGGAGUUGCCAGAGGACGAGGAGAGCAUCCCACCAAUCCUGCAGUACAACAACCACAUGCAGAACAAAGAUAUAGCGGAGUCAAACUUCACAGUGGAGCAGAACUGAUGCUGGACUUCCAUCACAAGUGGUUCAUUUGUUCCUUUAAUUUUCCUGCUGGACAGAAAUUUUCCUUCGAAAUAGUUACGUCCCACCAGUGAAGCCCAACAGUAAAAUUGUUAGGUUGUCUUCACACUAACAGGAUUUUCAGCCUCAGCCCGUGUUCAAACUUUUGGUUGGUUUAUUAUGUUGUCAAUAUAAAUCAAAUGUGAAUAUACAGUGGGGAAAUGUGUGUUUUAUUUCCAGCAUUUACUUUACUAUUGAAUUAACUGAUCUUGAGUUGAACACAUUCUAUUUAUUAAGAGAAUUUUUUGGGGGGAUUUGUAGAGAAUUUUAUGACAGACAGAAGGGUAACAUAGAAACAACAAAAUGUUUCUCUUCUUUUCUAUGAAUCAAGGAAUGAUGGCUGAAAACUUCAAUGUAAAUGUUAACAACUCAGAAAGAGAAAAAAAAAAUGACAUCCUGAUUUGUGUUACGUUUGCUUUAGUUGCACAUUUAGGAUUUUCCACUGGAGCUUUUCUUUCUCCUUCAUCACUAUAGAACAGGUUUGAAGAGAGUGCACAUAGUUUCAGGUAUGUUUUGCUUUUUCUGUGUUUAUUUCCAUAGAAGGAAAAGAAAUGUUAUGACUUAUUUAUCAUGUUACUUUUUGUGAAUGUUAAUUUAAAAAAAAGAACUGUGAAAGAAGAACUUUAAACUAUGUUCUGCUGUGGUGUGAAAAUAUUUGAUGACACUUUACAUUGACCUCUCUGUUCAUUAAAAAUAGCAACGUAAGCUCCAAACGAAUGGUCUGUAACACACUGUGGAUGUGGAGAAGUACGUCUGUGCUCACAGACAGCGUUAAAAAAAUACAGAUUUGCUUUUAAUGGUUUUAAUGUUUCAGUUUUUUUAAAUUUCUGUGUGAUUGGUGACUGAGUAAAUGAGCAAGGUCAAUUCAAGUGUUAUGGGAUAUUUCCAUUUGCACUGUCAAAGUUGAAAGGAAUCACCGUGUCAAAAGCUGACAUUUGUACAUUUAUUCAUUCUACACUUAAAAAAAAAGUCUUGCUGUUUUCAAAUGUUUGUUAAAAUGCACUGUAAUUUUGAAAAUUCCUUAAAAAAUUAUUAAUAAAGUAUAAAUAAUAGCA